UCGCCUUGGUGGACAGUAUAGUGACUUAAAAAAAUGAAAUGGAAUAAAAUGUUGCAGAUUCUUUCAGACCGAGACGCCAUUUUAGCGUAAAAUACUCAAUGGUUCUUCACUGAGAAGUAUCCUAUACGGAACUAGCGUCGGCAGACGUGUCUUUUGGGUUUUUAUCGGUUAUAUUUCAGGCUCUUCUCUUCAGCUCCAUCCACAAACAACCUGCCAGAGAAAUGAGUGUGCGUCAUUGUCCUCCACUGCCUUCUUCUUUCUGAGUGUUUAUCCAGGCUGACGAGGAAAAGAAAGCUUUUUGGCCUCACUUAAUUUUUUUUUUACUUGACAAUUUGACUGCCGCAAAGCAUCAUGGGUAGGAAAAAGAUACAGAUCCAACGGAUCACAGAUGAAAGAAACAAACAGGUGACAUUCACAAAGCGAAAGUUUGGCUUGAUGAAGAAAGCAUACGAGCUGAGCGUGCUGUGCGAUUGCGAGAUCGCCCUGAUCAUCUUCAACCACGCCAACAAGCUGUUCCAGUACGCCAGCACCGACAUGGACAAGGUUCUGCUCAAGUACACCGAGUACAAUGAGCCCCACGAGAGUCGCACUAAUGCAGAUAUCAUUGAGACUUUGAGAAAGAAAGGCUUCAAUGGCUGUGACAGUCCUGAGCCUGAUGGCGAAGACUCCAUUGAUCAGAGUCCCCUCAAUGAUGACAAGUUCCGUAAGACCACAGAAGACCUGGAUGUUCUCUUCAAACGCUACGGACAGUCUACAGCUCCGCCGCAGACCUUCUCCAUGCCUGUCACCGUGUCCAAUCCCAACACGCUGCAAUUCAGUAACCCCGGCAACGCGCUGGUAACUACCUCCUACGUAACGUCGCCGUCGCUCACAGACGCCCACCUCCUGUCGCCGCAGCAACCGGCUCCUCAGAGGAACACCGUGUCUCCUGGGUUGCCACAGCGACCGGCCAGUGCAGGAGCGCUUCUUGGAGGUGACCUGAAUAAUUCAAAUGGCGGCUGUCCAAGUCCAGUCCCUAACGGCUACACCAGUGCCAGGGCCUCCCCGGGCCUCCUGGGCGUAUCCAACGGCAACAGCCUGGGCAAGGUGGCUCCAGCCAAGUCUCCGCCCCCGCCUCAGAGCCCCCAGAUGGUUAACAACCGCAAGCCGGACCUCCGCGUCAUCACCUCUCAGGGCGGGAAGAGCCUGAUGCAAAUGACAGAGGAUGAGCUGGAAUUGGUAAACGAGAAUGCCCAGCGGCUGGCAGCCGGAGCCCAGGUGGCGCAAACCCUCAGCACACCUGUGGUGUCGGUGGCCACGCCAAGCCUCCUGGCACAGGGGCUGCCCUUCUCCGCCAUGCCCACAGCGUACAACACAGAGUACCAGCUGACGAGUGCAGACCUUACUGCGCUACACGCCCUGGCGUCUCCUAGCGGCUUGUUGCCCAGCAGCGUGGCGUCUUGGCAGCCGCAGCAGACCAUCUCCCAGCAACAGCAGCAAACACAACAGCAGCAACAACUUAGUCUUGCAUCGCUCAGCAACUUGGUCAUGUGGGGUGUGGACAAACAGAGCAGCGAGCUGUCUAGCCAGGUGUCCAGUCUGGCUGCCAAUCUGAGUCUCAGCUCGCCGUCCAACCUGCUCUUGGGUAGAGAUGAGUGGUUGGGCCGGCCUGUGACACACAUACCCCAGGGCGCCAUGUUGACGGUCAACACCAGCUCCGGCGUGUGCAUUAAGUCUGAGCCAGUAUCGCCUGGUCGUGACCGCAGCACUCCUUGCCCUCCUCCGGCGCCGCCACCUUCCACCACUGUCACACUGACCGCACCGCCGCAGUACCCAGGUUCCCUGCUGUGCCUGGAGCCCCCGACCGGGCGCUCACCAGCAGACAGCGUGAGCAGCAAUGCCAGCUCCUUCGAAGGCAGCGAUCGCGAAGACACGGGCGGAGGCGCUAACAUUGUAACCGCCACCGCUACAGGAAACGUUGGGCCGGGCCGCUCUGACUUCAGCCCCUCGCCGGAGCUGCUGAGGGCAUCCAACGAAGUGGAGCAAGAGGGCGGCAACAUCAAGCGUACGAGAUUAGAUGCCUGGGUGACAUAAGCCAGGAGACGCUCCUCACAACAAGAAGGUUUGAAUGGCACUUCAACACAACACACAUCACAACACAACAUUCUUACUAGUAACACAACAUCGUACGUUUGAGACACAAUCACACGCUUCUUUCUGCUGACUCACUUGUUUGUGGCGUAGAGACAAGCGAGCGAGGAAGAGGCACCACUUCCUGCUUUUCCCCAAACAGGAAGUAUUGAUAACUGCCACAUUAACUAUUAAUCAGUGGAGUGCCAAGCGCCCCCCCCUCCGUCCUCCCGGGGACCUCAAAUGUCUCGCUCACGGUGCACGGACACUGACCACCUGUCACUCGCGUCCACUUUUUGUCUCUUCAGCUUUUAACGGCCAUGUUGUGUUCCAGGUGUGUCGUUACCAACUAGCUUUGAUGUCCUCUCUAGCGCACCAACAAGCUUGGUUUCUUUUCUCCUCGCCACGCUUUUCUAUAUUUCUACGUCUUCAAAGCUUUUUGGCUUGAUGCGUGUGUCUGUACAUACAGUAUAUUUGCAUAGACUUUGCUAGCUAGCCCUAAAAAAAAAAAACAAGCAAUGUGUCGACUCAGUGGAUCUGCUUAUCAUAAUUAUUCUAAACGAGCGUGACUUGGAUGUGUGUCUCUAGAUGGCCAUGGCGUGUUGGUGAAUCUAUUUAGGCCUGCUUGGUUGUGUUGUGGUCAUUGUUUUGCUACACACUUUGAGAACACGCACACAGCACACAAUCACUUGGCACAUGUUCAUAUCUUACACACAUUUAGCGCUUUUUCUACUUCAAGACAUGAACUGUCUUCUUUGAUGUCAUUUAAUAUGAAUUUGUUCAAUCAUUUCAGCUGUGUGUGUGUGUGUGUGUGUGUGUGUGUGUGUGUGUGUGUGUGUGUGUGUGUACACACGUUCUAUAGGAAAUAGAUGCCUACUAUCCCCAACCACACGGUCACUAGACUGUUAGUAAGCCCCACCCCCUUGAUUGUCACACACAGAGCUAAAUGUGACAAGUAACAUUUUUGAAAAGACAUUUUUAGCAGCUAUCCUAAACAAAUGUAAGCGCAGACUGUUAUUGCAUUAUGACACAAUCCACCUUUUAAAACUCUUUUGCUUUUUUCAAACUAGUGCUCGCUCUGCGCCAUGCCAGAAUCUCCGUGAAAAAAGAGAAAAGGGUGGGACGGAGGAUGCCAAGUUUAUGCCAACAAUACGACGCUAUGGUCACGUAGCCUUUAAAGUCAACGUUGAACAAUCGCUGUUCAAAUUUGACAGAAUUAAUACUUGGACUAAUGCAAAAACAUCCAUUGCAAAUUUGUAUUUUUGUUUUUUCUCACAAAGAAAUUAAUGUACGGUAUCCAAAAAUCUUUGUUGACAUCUUUUUUCCAAUGAAAAAAAGAAGCUAAGUUUGGAGCUACAUACUUAAACUGGUGAAUAUUAUAAUAGUGAAUAUUUCCAUACCAAACAUUUUUUGGCACUUAAAGCAUGAAUCUCAACUUUUUCUUUAAAAAAUACAAAGAAUAAAGAUGUUAAAAAUACAUUUGAUUAAUAAUAUUUUUGUUCACAAACAAAAGUUUGCGGCUGUAAACAACAUACCUUUCUAUGGGAGAGAGUUGAAAGUGGGGUUACCAACUCCCUGGGAAAAAAACCCCCAGCACAAACUUGUUGUCUGGCUGAUUAACUUUCUGUUCUUUUUUCUGAAAGGAUGUUUAAACUAUUUGACUCUAUCCUGAAUUCAAUUAGAUGCAAGUUUUGGAGUAUUACAUCACAUGGUCAAAACUAAUUGUUCAAUAAUAUUUUUUUCCUAAUAUCUUAAAUAUAAAACUUUACUGCUAAACAGAAUAAAACUAUCCAUUCAAUGGUGUGUAUGUUAAUUUAACAACUUCUAUAACGCCAAGAGAGUAGAGUUGUUAAAAAAUGACAGUAACUAGAAUUAGUUACUAGUUACUGUCAGUGAUCUAUUUGUAGCUUCCCUGUCAGACAAAAACGAGCUCCAAACUAACCUCAUGGCUUUUUUUUUUUCCAAAAUAAAAUUUCACUACGGUUAAAAAAUAACGAAGUUACAUUUGGUGUCUGAAGACCAGAAGCGAGGUUAACUCUUGCUAGUGAGCUUGCUGCUUUCCAGGCAAAUAUUGAAUAAUGAUGCCAUAAAAGUGUAAUGCAUUGAGUUUGAUGGGUGAGCGAUCAGAAACGUUAGCCUCAAUGAAACAAUUUAAACUAUUUUUGAUUGUCGCGUGUAGGGAUGCAACAAUUACCUGUUUAAACUAUUAACCGUCAUUAAAAAGACAAUGGUUAUUUAACUGCAAAGACUCCUCCACACUGUGUGUUUCAGCCCUCACUCACUAUAUAAACAAACGUUAUUCUGGUACGGUAUAUUCGGCACAACCUGAACGGAACGAAAACAAAGUUGCCAGCGGUGCACUUGCUUAUACACAACUAUGGAGAGACACGCUAGUAUGCUACAUUAGCUUCAAAAUGGCAAAAGGACAUGAAAAUGAGCAGGGAGUCAUUGAUGACGAUUGCUCAGCCAUUUUAAAAACUUGGGUCUAAUAUGUACAACAUUGUGCAGCUUUACACACCAAAGUAAAGGUAAGCUGUAAUAACUGAGUUCAGUUAUGUUAUUAGCAAGUUACUUCAUGAAGAAUUGAGUUAACUAUAAAGGUGUCACUUACAAUCAGGAGCUUAGCAUUAAACUAGUGCUUCUCAUUUAUUUUCUAUUACACCCCACCCCAUUCUCUGUUGCGACUAUAAAUAGUGUAAUUUGUCUAUAAAAUUGUUAUAAGUACACCUCUGCAUAACAUUGUAUCCUUAAGAUUAAAGAAUAAAUAAAUAUUGAUCGACUAACGACAACUUUUUUUGUCAGAAAAGAUUUAAAGUGCACCAAUUUGCCUGAAAUGUAAGAUAUAUACAGUCGUGGUCAAAGGUUUAAUACGCUUGUAAAGAACAUAAUGUCAUGGCUGUCUUGAGUUUCCAAUCAUUUCUACAACUCUUAUUUUUUUGUGAUAGAGUGAUUGGAGCACAUGUUUUUCACAAAAAAACAUUCACGAAGUUUGGUUCUUUUAUGAAUUUAAAAUGGGUCUACUGAACAUGUGACCAAAUAUGCUGGGUCAAAAGUAUACAUACAGCAACAUACAUUAUCAAUUUUGGUGAUGUAGAAAAGUUACAAUCAAAUUAAAUUAGCUGCAUGGCAUGGCCUCUUAACUGCAUGUGAGUGAUUAUGAUUGAUGACACCUGUUGACUUCUCUGAGCCCAUUUUAAAUAGGGCUCAUGUGAUGCAGUCAUUAGAUUCGGUUACAAACGCGACAAUGGGAAAGUCAAAGGAACUCAGCACAGAUCUGAAAAAACGAGUCGUUGACUUGACCAAGUCAGGAAAGUCAGUUGGAGCAAUUUCAAAGCAGCUUAAGGUCCCAAGAGCAACUGUGCAGACAAAUGUUCGUAAGUAUAAAGUGCAUGGCACGGUUUUGUCACUGCCACGAUCAGAAAGAAAACACAAGCUAUCACCUGCUGCUGAGAAAAAAUUGGUCAGGAUGAUCAAGAGUCAACCGAGAACCACCAAAAAGCAGGUCUGCAAUGAAUUGGAAGCUGCUGGAACACAGGUGUUAGUGUCCACAGUCAAGGAAGCCCUUGCUCCAGAAGCGACACCUUAAGGCUUGUCUAAAGUUUGCUGCUGAUCACAUGGACAAAAAUAAGACGUUCUGGAGGAAAGUUCUGUGGUCAGAUGAAACAAAAAUUGAGCGGUUUGGCCACAAUACCCAGCAAUAUGUUUGGAGGAGAAAGGGUGAGGCCUUUAUCCCAGGAACACCAGCCCUACUGUCAAGCAUGGUGGUGGUAGUAUUAUGCUCUGGGCUUGUUUUGCUGCCAAUGGAACUGGUGCUUUAAAUGGGACAAUGAAAAAGGAGGAUUACCUCCAAAUUCUUCAGGACAACCUAAAAUCGUCAGCCCGGAGGUUGGGUCUUGGGCGCAGUUAGGUGUUCCAACAGGACAAUAACCCCAAAUACAUGUCAAAAGUGGUAAAGGAAUGGCUAGAAUUAAUGUUUUAGAAUGGCCUUCCCAAAGUCCUGACUUAAACCCCAUUGAGAACAUGUGGACAAUGCUGAAGAAACAAGUCCAUGCCAGAAAACCAACAAAUUUAGCUGAACUGCACCAAUUUUGUCAAGAGGAGUGGUCAAAAAUUCAACCAGAAGCUUGUGGAUGACUACCAAAAGCGCCUUAUUGCAGUGAAACUUGCCAAGGGACAUGUAACCAAAUAUUAACAUUGCUGUAUGUAUACUUUUGACCCAGCAGAUUUGGUCACAUUUUCAGUAGACCCAUAAUAAAUUCAUAAAAGAACCAAACUUCAUGAAUGUUUUUGUGACCAACAAGUAUGUGCUCCAAUCACUCUUAUCACAAUAAAAUAGGAGUUGUAGAAUUUAUUGGAAACUCAAGACAGUCAUGACAUUAUGUUCUUUACAAGUGUAUGUCAACUUUUGACCACGACUGUAUAUCCUUAUUUAAACUACACAUUUUUGACUUGAACCAUUUGAUACUGAAAAAUAAAAUGAAAGAAAAAUGAAUGCAAAUUGAUCAGCCACAUGAACUCAGGAGCAAAAUAUUUAAACAUUUUAAACUACAAAAAAAGUAAUAAAACAAUUUGUGGGGAUUUUCUAAAAAUCAAAAUGAGGAAAUCAGGAUUAAUGAUUUAAUGACUAUGAGCACAUUUUGCAAUGCACCGCUGUUUGAAGUAUGAUACUGCAUUAUACUGAAAAAGCAUGUUCACAUUUUUUUCUUAUAUCAGAAUCACAAUCAGCUUUAACACAAGGAAUUUGAUUUUUUAGACUUUAACACAAGGAAUUUGAUUUUUUAGACUCUUUGUUCAAUGCAGUUUCAAUGGUUGCUGCUUGUAAAAGGUAACAAAACUACACUUUAUUCUCCCCUCACUGAAUGUUGUUUGCCAAAUAUGUAAACAGUCCUUUGAGUUAAAUUUGAAAAUGAAGUCACUUUAAAACUAACCACACUAGAGAAAGUACAUUAUACAAGUGCACAUACAUGUACGAAUCAUGUUAGAUUAAUAUCAUUUGGAAUAAACAGAAAAGCAAUACAUUUAUGCAUGAUGAAGGUAGAACUCUUAAUGCUGCUAGCUUAAUGCUAA